AUGCUCCCAUCACCCGUCACCUCGUCCGCCGCCGCACGCAAUGAGAGGUCCUCCACACGCAACUCCUGCGUCGACAACGACGGCCGCCGCGCUCCUCCACGGCCCGAAGGUGACGGUGCAGGGUGGGGAAGUCCGCCGUUAUCGGUUUCUUCAGCCGGCCAACGAUCGUCUCUCGUGAGAAUUACCCGGAAAUGUGAGAGGCGACGGCGGCACAAGGGGUUGUCCGGAAGCAAAAAACGGAGGGAGAAUGCCUUGCCGUUGAUUCUUGGAAUCCCUCCUCUCUCUAUAAGAAAGGCAGGCCACGCAAGGAUGAGAUGGAAAAGCCGGAGGGGGAAGAGCCUUUGCCUCUCCUCCUUUCCGUUUCCUUCUGCACCGGCGGCGCUGGGCCUUGCGAGUCCGUCGAGGUUCUAAUGGUUCGGUCGCUGUGCCAGGCCGCCCGCAUGGCGACAGCAUUCACCGAACAUGCCGGAGUCUUCCUCACUAGGUGAGCCGGUUGUACACUCCUGAGUUCCUCUUCAGUUUUCCGGCUUGCUCCUCUUCAUCUUCUCUCUCUCCCUCUCUCUCUCUUUCAGGAGGGCUUACCGCGCCUCCGUGGCUUCCAAGAGCGUUGAGGAGGAGGCGGCUCCGUCGCCGGCGCCGGAGAAGGAGAAGAGGACGGGGGCCGGGGGCGAGUCUUCGCCGGCGGCGGUGUCGUCUUGGGGGCCGGAUCCCGUCACCGGCGACUACCGCCCGGGGAGCCGCGCGGCGGAGGUGGACGUCGCCGAGCUGCGGCGGCGGGUGCUUCCCCACUGA